AGAACAUUGAUUGCGAUUCAAAGCGAUUUUACUGAUAAAAAAUUGAGUAUAAAAUCUAUCCAGCUUGCAAAAAUGACUUCCGGUAGUCAGUCUAAGGUCCAAGCUGAGUUCAAGAGGAAAACUGCGUGGUUUUCCGAAGAUCGAGACACCGGCCUCCUCCAAGCGAGCAGCCGUGAAUAUCCCGGCCGUGUCAACCCGUUGGCCAAGCUCAACUUGCUCUGCUGCCUUCGACGUCCCCGGACCAUCGAGGUUGAACAUCUCAGUCAGCAGGGCGCGAGCACCUCACCCAGUUCUGGCGGGCUUCUUGCGGCCAGAAAACUGGGUCGAGUAAAACACCCUCAUCCCCUUGCCUUCCGACUGGAAGAUAAAUACUCCUUGCCAAGUUUGUGUGGCAAGAAUGGGUCACAGAGAGACCCAUCAACGACCCAUGGGAACCCACAUUGCCCCCGCCCACAAAGGGGCAGUCACGUGAGUAAGUCAUCACACGUGGUUGAUGGGUUCUUAACCUGCAGACAGGUACAAAAAUGGUGA